AAACCAACAGACGAGAACAUGUGAUAUCGGUUAAGUUGUUAUUAUUAUUAAAGGAAAAAAAAAAAGAAUGACUUGUUUUCCGCAUGUAUUUGAACCGGCGAGAAGUGUAAAUUUUACUUAAAAAAAAGGAAAAAGUUGUAAAGCAAAGAAAAAAAAAAAAAUAAAUUAAACAAAUAUGUCUUCAGGUGUAAAGUGUCGUAAUUGUGGUUCGACAGAUAUCGAAGAAGAUAAUGCUCGCGGAGAUAGAGUUUGUACCAAUUGUGGUUCUGUUCUGGAAGAUUCUCUUAUCGUCUCAGAAGUGCAAUUCGAAGAUGCUGGUCAUGGUGCUGCUGCUAUUGGCCAAUUUGUUUCCGCUGACUCCGCAGGUGGCGCCACUAAUUAUGGUUAUGGAAAAUUUCAAGUUGGCUCCGGCUCCGAGUCCCGUGAGGUCACAAUAAAGAAAGCAAAAAAAGAGAUUACCCAUUUAUGUCAGCAGUUACAGCUAACUCAGCAUUACAUUGAUACGGCAUUGAAUUUCUUUCGUAUGGCAUUAAUACGCCAUUUAACUCGUGGCCGUAAAAGUACACAUAUAUAUGCGGCAUGUGUGUACAUUACUUGUCGCACCGAAGGCACAUCACAUUUAUUGAUUGACAUAAGUGACGUCCAACAAAUAUGCUCUUACGAAUUGGGACGCACCUAUUUGAAGCUAUCGAAUGCUUUAUGCAUUAAUAUACCAUCCGUUGAUCCUUGCCUGUAUAUAAUGCGGUUUGCAAAUCGUUUGCAGUUUGGAGCUAAAACGCAUGAAGUGUCAAUGACUGCUUUACGCAUUGUCCAACGAAUGAAAAAAGAUUCCAUACAUUCCGGCCGAAGGCCAACUGGUCUAUGUGGUGCUGCUCUUCUGAUUGCCGCCCGCAUGCAUGAAUUUAGCCGCACAAUAGUGGAUGUUGUCAAAAUUGUCAAAAUUCAUGAAUCUACUUUACGCAAAAGACUGACCGAGUUUGCUGACACACCUUCAAGUUCUCUAACCCUUGAUGAGUUCAUGUCGGUAGACUUAGAAGCUGAACAGGAUCCUCCGGCCUUUAAAGCGGCUCGUAAAAAAGAUCGCGAGCGUAUAAAAGAGAUUGGCGAAAACGAGUUAAGCGAACUGCAAAAGCAGAUUGAUUUAUAUUUGGAAAAAGAACAGUCAAAAUGUCAUCGCGGAAUUGUGAAGCGUUUAACCGGUUCAAGUGAUUUAAAUGAAGACGAUUUCGAGGACAAAGAAACAGCUGAAUUUAUAGAAAAAUCUAAUCUUGAGGCGAUACAAGAAUGCUUAGCCGGCAGCCCAGAGCUGGCAAAGGCUGCCCCUAAAUCGCAGAAGCUGGUAAUUGAAGGCCUCAAACCUGAUAUUGAAUCAAUUUGUCGUUUAACGGCUAGCGAAGUAAAGGAAUGCGAAGAGUCAAAAAAUCCACAAAGAGAUGAGGAACUCGAUUUAGAAGGUUUAGAUGACGAAGAGAUAAAUAAUUAUAUAUUAACGCACGAGGAGGCCGAAUAUAAAAAUCAAAUGUGGAAGGCUUUGAAUGCCGAAUACCUUAAGGAAAUGAAAGAAAAAGAAGAGAGAUUAGCGAAAGAGAAGGAGGAGGGUAAACCCGAGAAAAAGAAACGUAAACCCAGAAAGAAAGUUAUUGGCCCGUCGUCGACAGCGGGUGAAGCUAUAGAGAAAAUGCUACAAGAAAAAAAAAUUUCCACGAAAAUUAAUUAUGAGAUUUUGAGAACUCUAACGGAAGGUGCUAGUGGCGCGGCCAGCGGCAAAACUGAUAAUGCCUUACCAGGAGAUGUUGCAGAUCCAGAAGAGAAUAAAGAAGAAGCUAAAGUAAUAGAUCCUAAAGAUUUACCAGUUAUAGUGGAAACAGGUCCAAUACACCGCAAAACCGGGCGCGGCAAACCCAAUUACUCAAUACCUGGGCCGCCUGCGAAGAUGUCUAAAGUAGAAUUAGGUUUACCAGUGGCCGAACCCGAAUCGAAACAAGAACCAAUUGUUCUGGAUAAAGACGAUGUGGAUGAUGAAGAUCUCGAUGCUGAUUUGGAACCGGACGCUGAACCUGAACCUGACCCUGAAAAGGAGUAUUCUUCACUCAAGGAUAUGCUUAAUGAUGGUGAAGAUGACGACUAUUACGGAUACGAUGAAGAAAACUAUUAAUUUAUUGCAUAAAAUCAGUUAAUUCAUUAUUAAGUUAGUUUAAUUUAUUAUUA